GGACCCUGUCUCGUGCGGUGAAGAGACGUCCUGAUUGCUCGGCAGGGGUCCACCAUCCAUGUGGUGCUCUGACGCCGUCGAGGAGGGCGUCUUAUGGAUGGUUUCCGUCUAUAUAAGGGCACGGAUUUCCGGACUACAAACUCUGCCGCGUUCGGACUAGUUCAAGCCCAUGCCGGCAUCUGUUGUCGCUGGAACCUGAUAUGCAGGCAAGUUGAAGCACUAUCUACUCUCCUUUGUUUCCUGUUCCAGACUCAUUUGUUAUUCAUUCCUUUAAACACCUCAUCCACCAUGUCGUCUCUUUCAGUCCCUCCUCAGCGGCCGUCUAUGUGCCCCCGGCGGGCGUCGAGCAGCAGCUUCGCCGAUGCCUUCGACGAUGCCCGGAGAAAGCUCGACGAGAUGGGCGUGCAAGAACCAGGUGAGGACGAAGUGCCGUCGCCGGCGCUGUCCUCGUCUAGCUCUGCGACCGGUGAGAGCACUCCGUUUUCUCCGUCGGAGGAAUCAUCACCCCUGAGCCCAGCCACCCCCAUGACGGCCCCGACCACACCCAUGGUCGAUGGCGUGGCCGACAACUUCGCCUUUGCCUUCGACAUUGACGGCGUGCUGAUCCGCGGCGGGAAGCCGAUUCCCGAGGCCAUCGAGGCCAUGAAGGUCCUCAACGGCGAGAACGAGUGGGGUAUCAAAGUACCUUACAUCUUCUUGACCAACGGCGGCGGCAAGUUCGAGACGGAGCGCUGCCGCGACUUGUCUCAGCAGCUCCAGAUCGAGGUCUCUCCCGGUCAGUUCAUCUGCGGCCACACGCCCAUGCGGGAGUUUGCCGACCGGUACGGCACCGUCUUGGUCGUCGGCGGCGAGGGCGAAAAGUGCCGCCAGGUGGCCGAGUCGUACGGUUUCCGCGACGUCGUGACGCCCGGCGACAUUCUCAAGGCCAAUGCGGCCACGGCGCCGUUCCGCAAGCUCACGGAAGCCGAGCACGCCAACUCGCGUGACCUCCUCGCUCGCCACGGCGCCACCAAGCUCUCCGACAUUGUCAUCGAGGCCGUCUUUGUCUUUGCCGACUCGCGCGACUGGGCGUCGGAUUUGCAGAUCAUCCUCGACAUCGCCCAGUCCAAGGGCGGCCGUCUCGAGACGCGCUCCGAGACUUUCGACGAGGGUCCGCCCAUCUACUUCAGCCACAACGACGUCCUCUGGUCGGCCGCCCACGAGCACGCCCGGCUAGGCAUGGGCGCGCUGCGGCGCAUCGUCGAGACCGUCUUUGAAGACACGACGGGCGGCAAGAAGCUCAAGACGCACGCGUUCGGCAAGCCGCAGGUGUCGACGUUCCAGUUCGCCACCCGCCUGCUGCAGCAGUGGCGGGCGACCCAGCACGGCCUCGCCGAGUCGGAACCUCCGCAGACCGUCUACUUCGUCGGCGACACCCCCGAGUCCGACAUUCGCGGCACCAACGCCAUGGACGAGAUCUCGAGCAACGAGUGGUACAGCAUCCUCGUCAAGACGGGCGUGUACCAGGAUGGCACCGAGCCCAAGUACAAGCCGCGCAAGCUGGUCGACACGGUGCUCGACGCCGUCCAUCACGGCAUCCGCCGCGAGAUGGCCCGCGCCGGCUCGCGCAAGGACACCGGCGGUCGCAUGUUGCCGCUGGAUGACGCUGCGCUGAAGGCCGUCGACGAGGGACGCACUCCCGACUUUGAGGUCCGGGAGAACCCUUUCGUCACGGUGGUCUAAAACGUCUUCCUGGGGAGAAAGAAGACGACUAUAUAUGAGAGAGACUGAGAGGAGCGGCGUGCAUGAGGGGGAGAGAGAGAAAGAGAGAGAGAGGCAGCGACAAGCGAUGCAUUUUGAGACGACUGAACGACGAACCGUUAUUGAUACCACAGCGUAUGCCAUUCCUUGGCUUCUUUAGUUUUCAGCUGUACAUAUUAACACUUCUUUUUUUGGAUUCCCCUUUUGCACAACUUUUUUUUUUUUUUUGGAUGGGUGAAUUACAGGGCUUCACCGCACUCGUUGCACGUAUGCAACCGGAUUCUGGGAUAAACAUGGGCUUGGAAACAGGAACAGCUCAGAAGGGAUGGAUGGAUGGGGAUACACUUGGGCACAAGCAUUCAUUCGAACCUAGAUAUGUGGGUCUCAUGUCGUUAUAGACGUUAGACGGGACUGAUAGACCUGGAAAUCAAGUCAGCGCCAAUGGCGUGUCAUACAACUUUUAAACACCCAUUUUUUUCAUUAUUGACUUUCUCUGAGGAUUAUUCCUAGUUGAUUGCCCAAAAGCUAUAUGUCGUAGGUGUUUAUUGGAAACUUUGCUUCAGGAUAUGCGGCUUUCGGCGCUGCAAAUCAAUAAUCAUCUGUCCAAAAAGGCCGUUUGCCCAGGAGAACCUACCGACUCGGUCAGUCAGUCAAGCCGAUUGCGAGGCCUUCCCUUGACAGAGCAGGACCAGCCAGAGUUCGGAAGGAACUAAUUAAAUAUUGGGAGUCUCAAGA